AUCAACCUGUUGUGUCUGACCGGGGAUCAGUGCACCGCGCCGUGCAGCCUCCGGAGCAGCCUCCUUCAACCGGUCCGGGGUCAGUUCCGAUCCCGCUCCUCCCUCCCGGUGUACUCCGACAGCCCCGCAGUCUUUUCCCUUCACUCCACUUCAGAAACAGCGACCGAGCUCCGGCUGCUUCCCACGCCUCCGCACCGCAAAGCCUCCACAAAGAAACCUCUUGAAUCAGCAAACAGUGUUAAAAUGCGGAACCGAGCCGCUUCGGGGCGCAGUCAGUGGGAAUGAUGCAGCUUUGUGAGCGGACUCAUGAUGCAGGAUUUAAACCGAAAAGGGCCUCGACUCUUUCCCCUGGAGUAACUGCAGCGGAGGGACGUAAAGUUUUCAGUUGGUGCGGACCGACUGUUUUAUAAUGUCCGCGGUGCUCGGCUGCUUAUGACUGGUUUUUAGGAUCGUUUUUUAACCCGCCUGCAGCGUUUACGGUCAGUGCACAGCUGUUUAUGGACAGUUUCGUCGGAGGAAACCAGCUGAAGGAGGAUUUCUGCUCCUCAGGAGUUCGACGCCAGAAACUGACGCGUCCGUGAACGCAGCAGCCGUUGCAGCUAACGUCCAAACAUGCCUCAGCUAAACGGGGGAGACGGAGACGACCUGGGAGCCAACGAUGAGCUGAUCGCUUUCAAAGACGAGGGGGAGCAGGAGGAGAAGAGGAACGUGUCCGCCGGACGGGACCUGGACGACGUCAAGUCCUCUCUGGUCAACGAGUCGGAGACCAACAGCAGCUCGGACUCGGAGGCAGACAGACGAUCCAAACCCGGUCCCCAUCUGGAGAGCAGGGCCAGACACAGUCAGCUGUUUGAAGAAGCGCUGAGGAGACGGCAGGACGGAGGACUCUUCCAGCACUCUCCGUACGUCGGAUAUCCCUUCUUCAUGAUCCCAGACCUCGGGAACAUCUGCAAUCCUUACCUCGCCAACGGAGCCCUCACACAAAGUGCCAGGACG